AGCCCGAGAACUCGAGCCAUAACUAGGGUUUUUCCAAAGGGUUCCUUCACCUUCCUUCCUUCAGUCCGCGGAGAAGAAGACGAGUCACCAGACGGAGGAGCCACCGGCGGAGGAGCAGAGUCACAGACAUGGUUCACGUCUCCUUUUACCGCAACUAUGGGAAGACGUUCAAGAAGCCUCGCCGUCCAUAUGAGAAGGAACGGCUGGAUGCUGAGCUGAAACUUGUUGGUGAGUAUGGGUUGAGGUGCAAGAGAGAGCUGUGGAGGGUUCAGUACGCGCUGAGUAGAAUCCGUAACAACGCCAGGAUGCUUCUGACCCUCGACGAGAAGAACCCUCGUCGUAUCUUUGAAGGUGAGGCCCUUCUUCGUAGGAUGAACCGCUAUGGGCUUCUGGACGAGAGCCAGAAUAAGCUCGAUUAUGUCUUGGCCUUGACCGUGGAGAACUUCCUUGAGCGCCGCCUUCAGACAUUAGUGUUCAAGUCGGGUAUGGCCAAAUCCAUCCACCAUGCCAGGGUGCUCAUUAGGCAGAGGCAUAUCAGGGUUGGUAGGCAAGUCGUGAACAUCCCAUCCUUCAUGGUGAGGGUUGAUUCACAGAAACAUAUUGAUUUCUCGCUGACUAGUCCAUUCGGUGGUGGACGACCUGGAAGGGUAAAGAGAAAGAACCUUAGGUCGGCUGCCAAGAAGGCUUCUGGUGGCGAUGGAGAUGAAGAGGACGAGGAUUAAGCUACUCUCUGUUCUGUUAGAAUGAGUGGCGCUUAGUGAAUUAUCUGUUACCCAUCCUCAUCCUACUAUUUUUAUUUUGCUUAAAAUGCUGUUGCUUUAGUUUGAGAACUUUGAGCUUUGUUGAUGUUUGGCCGAUUACUCAUGUGACUUAAAAGUGCCGGAUCAUCUUGUUUCGAGAUCCUACACCUUAUUUGUGGUCUUAACUUUUGUACUCUGGAAAGAUAUUUCACUUAUUAGAAUAGAGGCUGAGAAUUUUGAUUGGGAAA